AUGGCCACUAUCACUAUCACUAUUGCGGACAGGAUGAAUACCGUCCCUGGCUUUAGGACCAGUACCACCUUUUUCACCUUCCUGCGCGCAAAUCUGAUCCUCCCCUCAUCGACUCUGAAUUCCAACACCUCCACCCCCCUCCUAAGCGCUUGCUCCUCACAAACUCUACCGCCACUCCAGUCACUGCCCAGCUCCUCCCUCGCAACCAUGACAUCCGUCUCGGCCUCCAGAUCCUCUCUCGAGACAGCCUCUCCUCAACGUAGCGACCCACUCGUUGAUAUCCCACCGCUGGUCACCACCACUCUGACAACCAGCGAGGACAAAAUCGCGGCCCUCAAACUCAUCGCCGACUCCGUCGCACAACAGCGGCAACAAGCCUCCCGAGCCGUAAUCUUCCACCCGCUCACCAUAGCCGUGUACAUCUUAAUACUCGCUCUCACUUCCCAAACACUCUACAAAUCCCGCUCGGACGUCGGGCUCUUAGCCACAACAUGUGCUGGCAUAACCAUGGCCGGCUUAGUCGCGAUUCGCGGAGUAGCAGGCGGGUAUCUAAAUUUCGCCGAGAACGUGACGUGGAAGUUCCUGCAGAACGACGAUGCGGAUGGGGAGGAGGAUAUAGUGAUAGGGAGUCGGUACGGUUCCGAACUGAUCGGUGCCGCCGUCCUCCGUCUUGAGCGCAGUCCGUCAUCGCCAGGGUCCUCGAGUUCGAAAAAGAAGGGCGGGAAGAACAGCAAGAAUCGUGGAAAUGGCAUCAUCCGUGCCUGGACUGUGCGUAUCAGGUAUCGCGGGAAUGGAGUGGGAACUGAAUUGCUUGAGGAGGCUGUAAGGGUUACACGGGAGAGUUUUGGGGGCAAUCCGGAGAUUGGCUUUGCGAAGGAACAUGUAAAUUCGCAGAUGGUCUUGCCGGAGAUGUUUAAUAGGGGGUUUAGGAAGAGGGAGGUUAAGGCAGCGAGGAUGCUAGAAGGCGUUAUAGAGGGGAAGUAG